AUGGGGAAAGUGGCGGUUGCGUUUGCGGCUGUUGCGCCUGUUUGUUCAAAUAGUUUACAUCCAAUCAUUGCAGUUGUGUGUUGGAUUGCACUGACUGACUGCUUUUAUUUCAGGAGGGAGAAAGGAACGUAUUAUGCACUUCACCUUGGUGGCACUUAUUUUAGGAUUUUAAGAGUUCAUCUCGGUGCUCAAAGGUCCUAUCUAGAUGUUCAAGAUGUUGAACGACAUCCAAUACCUUCACAUCUGAUGAACAGCACCAGCGAGGUUCUUUUCAACUUUCUCGCCUUCUCCUUGGAAAGGUUUAUCGAAAAAGAAGAAAACGGGUCCGAUUCACAAGGUGUUAAAAGGGAACUUGCAUUUACGUUUUCAUACCCUCUCAAGCAUACUUCUAUUUCUUCAGGAGUUCUAAUUAAAUGGACCAAAGGUUUUGAGAUUAGUGAAAUGGUUGGGAAAGAAAUAGCUGAAUGUCUACAAGAUGCGCUGGACCGAAGAGGCCUAAAUAUGCAUGUUGCGGCUCUUGUAAAUGAUACUGUUGGAGCCCUGUCACUUGGAUAUUAUCAUGAUCCAGACACGGUAGUAGCAGUUGUAUUUGGGACAGGUAGUAAUGCAUGUUACUUGGAACGAACUGAUGCCAUAAUCAAGUGUCAGGGUCUGCUUACAACUUCUGGAAGCAUGGUAGUCAAUAUGGAGUGGGGUAAUUUUUGGUCCUCUCAUCUGCCUAGAACUUCAUAUGACACUGACUUGGAUGCAGAGAGUUCAAAUUCAAAUGAUAUGGGUUUUGAGAAGAUGAUAUCAGGAAUGUAUCUGGGUGACAUUGUUCGUAGAGUAAUUCUUCGCAUGUCUCAAGAGUCUGAUGUCUUUGGACCCACCACGUCCGUAUUAUCUGAGCCUUACGUUCUAAGUACAAAUUCAGUCUCAGCCAUGCAUGAAGAUGACACACCUGAGCUACUAGAAGUAGCAAGAAUCUUGAAAGACUUGGGGGUACCGGAUGUCCCACUGAAGGUGAGAAAAUUAGUGGUGAAAGUAUGUGACGUGGUUACACGAAGAGCAGGGAGGCUAGCAGCAGCAGGAAUUGCAGGAAUAUUGAAGAAGAUAGGGCGAGAUGGAAGCGGAGGAAUCACGAGCGGGAGAAGCAGAGGCGAAAUCCAAAUGCAGAAAAGAACAGUUGUUGCAGUAGAAGGAGGUUUGUACAUGAACUAUGUCAUGUUUAGGGAAUACAUGGAAGAAGCUCUGGUUGAGAUAUUAGGAGAAGAGGUGAGUCAAUACGUAGUCGUUAAAGCCAUGGAAGAUGGUUCAAGCAUUGGCUCUGCUCUCCUCGUUGCCUCUUUACAGUCAUGAAUUCAUUAUCGUGAUCCGUUCGUAUUUAUGGUUAUAUAUAAAAAUUGGUUAUGUGCGUCAGUCAGUGUGUGUAAAUAAAUUAUUCAAUAUUUGUUUGUUGUUAAUUAUUAUUUUCUAAAUAUAGUUUUUGUGUAAAUGUUUAGGAAGGGUUUAUAUA